AUGACAGGCUCAGUGCUGCAGGCCAGCCCGCUGCUGCAGGCCGCGCAGCUGCAACAGCAGCUACAGCAGCAGCUGCUGCACCGCUACUGCUCGGACGAGGCCAAGGUGCCGCCGCUAUUCUGGCCGUACUACCCGGGCCUGCCACUGUCCGCCACCCACCCGGGCCUCCUGCUGCCUCCGGCCGGCCGCGCCGCACGCCCCAAGAAACGCUACAUCUGCAAGUACUGCCAGCGCGAGUUCAGCAAGAGCUACAACCUGCUGAUCCACGAGCGCACGCACACGGACGAGCGGCCGUUCCCGUGUGACGUGUGCGGCAAGGCGUUCCGGCGCCAGGACCACCUGCGCGACCACAAAUACACUCACAACAAGGAGAAGCCGUUCAAGUGUGAGGAGUGUGGCAAGGGCUUCUGCCAAGCCCGCACGCUGGCCGUGCACAGAAGCCAGCACGACGAGCCGCGGCUGGCUCGGCUGGCGGCCCCUCCGUCGCCGCCGCAGGCUCUGCAGGCACUGCAGGGAGGGCAGCGGUUGCAGACCCAACACGCACCGCGAACGCCAGACGACCACACUCCGCCGGCCACGGCUCUCAACCUGGUCAGACCCCGCGCCACCAACUUCACCAUCGCUGAGAUCAUGAAGCCGGCGGUGGACAGUGGCCAGGCGCCGGCACCGGGGGGACGGGCCAGCGGUCACCGGUCACCGUCCUCACCUCUACCGAGGACAUGAAGCCGGCGGUGGACAGCGGCCAGGCGUCAGCACCGGGGGGACGGGCCAGCGGUCACCGGUCACCGUCCUCACCUCUACCGAGGACAUGAAGCCGGCGGUGGACAGCGGCCAGGCGUCGGCACCGGGGGGACGGGCCAGCGGUCACCGGUCACCGUCCUCACCUCUACCGAGGACAUGAAGCCGGCGGUGGACAGCGGCCAGGCGUCGGCACCGGGGGACGGAUCAGCGGUCACCGGUCACCGUCCUCACCUCUACCGAGGCCAUGAAGCCGGCGGUGGACAGCGGCCAGGCGUCGGCACCGGGGGACGGAUCAGCGGUCACCGGUCACCGUCCUCACCUCUACCGAGGACAUGAAGCCGGCGGUGGACAGCGGCCAGGCUUCCACACAAAGCGCACGGCCCAGCCCCGAGCCAGCGGCCCGCUGCGUGCUGUGACUGGGCCGAAGCUGUGUCAGCGCUGUUCGCCAGCUGCUGUGUUCCCCGACCGACCUGUGCCACCGGAGUGCGUCCGCCCUGCCCCGGCCGCUCGUUGUGAAUCAAACCCAACGACUGCCCGAUGACCACGGGCACGAACAUUGUGUAGCGCUGUGAUAUGGCGUAGCCAAGCGACCGUAGUCUUCACCUGAGCCAGUUUGUUUUCCGUUGUAUAUUUACCGCGUGUGUCGUGCGAGAUCAAUGCGCCAAUAUAUGCUAUCCAGAAAGGCA